UAUAUUGAGUGAGAGAAGCAUGAGCAUGAGGGGUUGAGAGAGACAGAGAGAGAGAAGAAGAAGAUGGCGGUUAGGCAAAGAACGGUAUCUGCACUUCCAAACCUUAUUCGAAGUCUCCGGAAGGAACCUUUGAAGUCCCACAGCCAUCCCAAUGCCUUACCCUCUCUUCGACGCGCUUUCUCUUUGUACGAUCAGAUCAACCUCAUCGAUCAAGUCCCCCAAGACCAGCUUCGAUUUCAAGGGUAUAAUGAUACAGGGUUUACUGUAAACGGGGUUGAAUAUGAAGGAAGCUUGCUUUGUGUUGGAAAUUUGCUCAUGUCUUGGAAACCUCAGAAGUUUUCAGAGAUAACAACUGAUAGCUUGUCGCUCUUCCAAAUUGUGCGCCCUAUUCCAGAGAUUUUGAUUCUUGGCUGUGGAAGGAACAUUCAACAUGUAGAUCCUGAACUUAGACGGUUUAUUCGAUCUAUUGGCAUGAAGUUAGAAGCUGUUGACUCGAGAAAUGCAGCAUCAACUUACAACAUAUUGAAUGAAGAAGGUCGUAUUGUGGCUGCUGCGCUACUUCCAUUUGGAGUUUCUUCAUGAAGCUUGAACCAAUAUUCUUGGUGAAGUGGCCACCAAUUGCUCUAAAGAUUUUCAACUCCAUGCCACUAAAGAUCUUAGCUCAAGUCCUUGAGACAUGCUUUGAUUUUUCAAUUAGAAAGUUUUGACAUAGCAAUAGUACAUUGUGAACUAAGCCCAAGUGAGUCCUUUGGCGUCUGCCGACGUUUUCGAAUGUAAUAAGGAUAAUUUAAAUGUAUAGACUGCACAUCUUAUAAAUCCCAGCAAAUUUGGACUCUAUC